GCGUAUGCAUAUAAUUUUACGUUUACUUUAUAAAGUUCUUAGAAUGGCUGUAGUACAUUAGUAUGUAAAAUUUAUAAAUGCAGGAUAUGAAGUUAUAACACUGCAAUGUAUAGUUACUUUUUUAAAUAAAACUAACAUUUUAAUAUUCUUAGUUAAAAUCGUAAACAUUACAAUAAUUUUUAUUGUUUCAUUUAAAAUGAGAAAUAUUGAAAUCCUGCAGUAUUGGUUAUAUGUGUUAUGUUUUAUGAAUUCAGGGUAUUAUGCGCAACUUCUAGACUUAUAUGAAGGAGAAAUUUGUUACAAAAGUAAUGACGAUUCUAAUAAUCACAUAUGUCGGCGAAUUGAGGACUGUGCGAUUGUAAAUGAAGGAAUAAAACAAAAUACUAUAAAUCCUCAAAUAUGUUCAUUUGACAAAUCAACUGUCAUAGUUUGUUGUCCACCUACGAACAAGAUUAUUACCACUACUAUAGCUUCACCUAGUACUACCAAUAUUUUUAAUAGUCCUACAGAAAUAACUCAGCCUUCUACAACUGGAAAAUCGCAUAAGGCGAAUGAAAUGUGCCAACAGUACUCUGAUUUAAUUUAUACUUCUAUAAAGGAUCCGAUAUUAUUAUCUGGUUCGAGUCAGAAUAUCAAAAUAAAAAACUGCAUAGAUGUUUUAACUUUGAUUGUAAAUGGUACAAAAGCUGUACCAAAGGAAUUUCCACACAUGGUCCUGAUAGGAUAUAAUAAAGAAAAACCCGAUAACAGAUCAUGGUUUUGUGGAGGUUCGCUGAUCAGUGAUACAUGGAUAUUAACUGCAGCGCACUGUGAAAAAAUCAGUAAUGUUCCUGCAAGCUGGGCUCGCCUAGGUGAACUUAACUACCUCACAUACAACGAUGGUACCAUACAUCAAGACUAUAGAAUACUUCAACGUAUAAUACAUCCAAGUUAUCAACCAUCUCGUGCAAAAUACAAUGAUAUAGCUCUGUUUCGAUUAGAAAAAAAAGUAAAGUUCACAGAAUAUGUAAGACCUAUUUGUAUCAAUACGAAUCAUUUUUUAAAAACUUCAUCAAUAAUAGCUACUGGUUGGGGACAAACUGCAAAUGGUGAAGCAUUUAGUCCGGAUUUAUUAAAAGUAAUUUUAAAUACUGUUCCUGCAAAAAUAUGCAAUAAAACUUAUCCUAAGAGUAUUACUUCUAAAUUACCAAAUGGUAUAGAUGAUGAUAGUAUGAUAUGUGCAGGAUCAAAUGAAGGAAAAGACACUUGUGGAGGUGAUUCUGGUGGUCCUGUACAAAUAAAACAUAUGAAUUACACAUGUAUGUAUUUACAAAUAGGAAUAACAUCAUUUGGAAGAAGUUGUGCUGAGAAGAAUUCACCCGCUGUUUACACAAAAGUAUCAAAAUAUAUACAAUGGAUUGAAAAUAUUGUGUGGCCAACAAUGUAAUAUAGCUAAGUAACUGCGUUCGAAGAGUCACUUAAGAUGAUGACUUUAUGGUGGUCACUGAAGAAUGGAAUGGAUAUAGCUUCGAGUUUAGCGAAGGUUUCUGCAGUAUAUAUGAUGGUGUAAGGGUUUUAUGAAGACUAUUUGGUGUGUGUGAUGGCAAAGUUGCACUGUGGUCUUGAAUCUAAUUUGGACAGAAAAAAUUAUUUUAUUACAAUAAUAACAUUAAAAUAAGGCCCAAGAUGCUGAGAAAAAUAUUUUUUAAAAAAUCUCAUGGCAAUUUACACCUGUCGAAUGGUAAUAUAUUCAUUUUUAAUUCUACAAAUUAAAUAUUUCGUAAAAUAUAUGAUAUAAUAUAGGACUUAAAUUUAAAUGUCGUAAUUUUC